AUGGUCAAAUUGUUAGCCAUACUGAUAGCCCUUUGUCUGGGCCAGGCCAUCGUGGCCGAACGCAUUGUGAACUGCUACUGGGGCACUUGGGCCAACUAUCGCAGCGGCAAUGGCAAGUUCGAUGUGUCCAACAUUGAUCCCUGGCUAUGCACACAUUUGAGUUAUUCGUUCUUUGGCAUCAAGGACAAUGGUGAAAUUCAGUCCCUGGACACUUGGUUGGACUACGAUCUUGGCUUCAUCAACCAGGCUGUUGGAUUGAAGCAGCAGAAUUCCAAUCUGAAGGUUUUGGCUGUCGUCGGUGGCUGGAAUGAGGGUUCCACUAAGUACUCGUCGAUGGCUGGUGACUGGAACAAGCGCCAAAACUUCAUCAAUUCCGCUCUGAACUUGCUGCGUAACAAUGGCUUUGACGGUUUGGAUCUGGAUUGGGAAUACCCCAACCAACGUGGUGGCAACUGGGAUGAUCGUGCCAACUUUGUCACUUUGUUGCGUGAAAUUAAGGAAGCUUUUGCUCCUUACGGUUAUGAAUUGGGCAUUGCCGUGGGUGCCGGACAGGCUCUGGCCAGCACAUCUUAUGAGAUUUCCAACAUUGCCCAGCAUGUGAGCUUCAUCAAUGUCAUGACCUACGACUUCGCCAUGGCAUCUGAUGGCAAAACUGGCUUCAAUGCUCCCCAAUGGGCGGUCGAAGACGCUAUCAACUAUUGGCUCAGCCAGGGUGCUCCAGCCAACAAGCUGGUACUUGGUGUUGGCAUGUACGGACGCUCUUUCCAACUUACUGAUGCUUCCCAGAACUGGCCAGGAGCACCAUGCCGUGGUGUGGGAGCCGCUGGAGCUUACUCCGGAGACGGAGGCUAUCUGGGCUACAACGAGAUCUGCCUGAACAACUGGUACACCGUUUUUGACAAUGACAAUGCUGCUCCCUAUGCCUAUUCUGGUGAUCAAUGGGUCAGCUUUGACAACGUCCUGAGUGUGCAAUGGAAAAUGGAUUUCGCAUUGAACAAGAAUUUGGCUGGUGCCAUGGUCUGGUCUUUGGAAACUGAUGAUUACCGCGGCCAUUGCGGUGAGGCUUACCCCUUGCUGAAGGCUAUCAACAUGAAACUUCGUUGGACAUAGACUGAUGAAUACAAUUGAUUUGUACUGAAUAAAAACAAGCAAAAAUUCUAAA